UCAAGUCGGUCAUAGAGAGCAACGAAAACUGGAUUGGGACAAACGCUGGGCCGUUUGUUUGCCCGCCAUGUAUCGACCACCUGUUGUUUAAAGCCUCUGCUUCUCUCUCUCUCUGCCCAAGUUAUAUACAUACCCACUGACUCCAAAAGUCACUCAUAUCUCUGGUCACUCUGUUCCUCUUGGCAGUUUUCGGAUAUGGAAGCCAGCGUUUUCUCACUUGCAGAACUCCACCAUUUCUCUCCAAACCUGGGGUUUCCGAUUUCAAAUCCCAAUUCCAGUUGCACCCUCUCUUGUCCUUCGAAACCCAGCUCGAUUGCCACUCGGAAAGGUCGUCUCAAGCUAGGGUUUCCAACAAAUCUGCGCGCUUCCGUAUCUAAUUCUUUAUCUGAAACUCAACAGUACGGUACCUCUUCCACAAUCGGUGGAGACAAAGAGAGUGUGGGUUCUGUGAACCCGGUCUACAUUCCGACGCCUCCGAAUCGAGAACUUCGAACUCCUCACAGCGGGUACCAUUUUGAUGGAAGUGUUAGGAAAUUCUUCGAGGGGUGGUAUUUCAAGGUGUCAAUCCCGGAAAGGAGGCAGAGCUUCUGUUUUAUGUACUCAGUGGAGAACCCUGCAUUUCGCAAUAAACUAACGCCAUUGGAGGUUGCUCAGCAUGGACCUAGAUUUACUGGAGUCGGUGCGCAAAUUCUCGGUGCCAAUGACAAGUAUAUUUGUCAGUACACCGAGGAAUCUCAAAAUUUUUGGGGAAGUAGGCAUGAGCUAAUACUGGGGAAUACAUUUAUACCACAAAAACAAUCGAAGCCUCCGAACAAAGAGGUUCCUCCUCAGGAAUUCAAUAGGAGAGUGUCGGAAGGUUUUCAAGUCACUCCACUUUGGCACCAAGGUUUCAUUCGUGAUGAUGGCAGGUCAGAUUAUGUGGAAACUGUGAAGACCGCACGUUGGGAGUAUAGUACACGUCCAGUUUAUGGCUGGGGUGAUGUUGGCUCUCAACAGAAGUCUACGGCAGGAUGGCUUGCAGCUUUCCCUGUCUUUGAACCCCAUUGGCAAAUAUGCAUGGCAGGCGGAUUGUCAACAGGUUGGAUAGAAUGGGAUGGUGAAAGGAUUGAGUUUGAAAAUGCCCCAUCCUAUUCUGAAAAGAAUUGGGGCGGAGCAUUCCCGAGAAAAUGGUUUUGGGUUCAGUGUAAUGUUUUCAAAGGUGCAACAGGAGAAGUUGCUCUCACGGCAGCUGGUGGGUUGAGGCAGCUACCUGGACUGACAGAGAGUUUUGAAAAUGCUGCAUUGAUUUGCAUUCACUUUGAUGGAAAAUUUUAUGAAUUUGUGCCAUGGAAUGGUGUUGUUAAUUGGGAAGUUGCUCCUUGGGGUUGCUGGUGCAUGGGUGCAGAGAAUGAGACACACUUGGUCGAAUUGGAGGCAACAACAGAGGAUUCAGGUACAACUUUACGUGCUCCAACAUCGGAAGCUGGACUUGCUCCCGCUUGUAAAGAUACUUGUUUUGGGCUGCUAAGAUUACAAAUGUGGGAACGGAAAUAUGAUGGCAGCAAGGGGAAGAUUAUAUUGGAUGUCACGAGUGACAUGGCAGCACUAGAGGUUGGUGGGGGACCAUGGUUCAACACUUGGAAGGGCAAGACCACAACGCCAGAGCUCCUUAGCCAGGCUCUUAGGGUUCCAAUUGAUGUGGAUGGGUUUUUUAAUUUGCUUCCACUGUUUAAGCCCCCUGGUCUAUAACUAGGGUUGUAAAUACGAUCCGAGUAUUACUCGUAAUCAGUUCGAUUUUAACUUACGAGAUAAGAAAUAAGAAAUGAAGCUUAGGAGCUGAACUUGAAUAAUAAAUUAAAUUCAUGAUUAGUUAUUA